AUGGGUGAAGUACAUGUUCAGAGUCACCAAUACAACGAUCAUUCCCCAACACCAACAACAAUAACAACCCCUCAGAAACAGAAACAACCCAUCAUUCCAAACACAACAUCAUCAAUGUAUGAUCAUCAAGAACAACAACAACACAAUGAUCAUUCAGUGCUCGAACCCACCGACCUCUUCUCCAUGAUGCACCUCAACAACCCCUCCCACCACCGUCACCCACCCUGCACCACCGUCAACAACUCUAUGAAACGUCGAUCACCGCCGUCCUCCUCUUCCUCCGGCCAACCCAGCGCCAAGAAACUCUUCUGCGACCAAGAAGACCUUAUCCUCCAUGGCUUCUCCGCCAUUCCCAUUCCCCUCAACCUUAAUUCCCUCGUCAGCAAGACACCCUCUUUCCCCGUUCUUCGCCGAUGCGUCUCCGACCCCUACACUCCUCCUCCUCCUCCUCCGCCGCAGCCGAGGGGUUCCGGUUUGCCGCCGCUGCCUCCAACCCUUCGGCGAAGCGUUUCCGAUCUGUCUCCUUCUUCGGAUAAAGCUUUCUCUCGUUCUUCCGCCUCUGAAGAAACUGCCACCGCUCCUGAAUACAUGAGGCUCAGAAGGAUGAAGGAUCGUUUGAAAGAGAUGAGGCAGUGGUGGGAUGAAGUUAUCAAAGAGGAAGAAGAGGGAGAAGAGUGUGCAGUGCGAGAGGAUGACAAAGUCCCAUCUCAGGAUGAAUUGGGAGGAGAAGAUUGUGAGGAAGCUGUUAACGUAGAGUGGGCAGAAAAGUGCCUAAGCCUUGCUUUUAGGUGUCCGUGUGGCAAAGGCUAUGAGGUUCUCCUCUCUGAAAACAACUGUUACUACAAGUUGGUGUAG